GGUUAACAUCCUAAAACCUAAGGUCUCAGAGACAACAAAGGUCUAUUUUGAUUUGUCGAAUAUUGAAGUGUCAUCUGGAGAAUCAGAUGGAGAUGAUGCUGUGAUGGCAACUUCAAAGAAUAAGAGGAAGAAAAAGCUAACUUCCACAGCUAGCAGACUUUUAAUAGCAAAUAGAGAGUUGGAAACCAUUCCCCAGGACUUUGAGGUGGAUGAAACAGACUCAAAUCACAAUGCAGAUCCAUCAGUGGAUAAAGAUGAAACCUUUGAGUCAGCACCUGGGGAGCUACAGCUUGGUUCUUACAAGCCCAUUCUACGCUCUGCUAAUGGAGAACCUGAUGAAUCUCAAGGCACCAAUUCACCUUCUAUUACAUCAGAGGAUUUGGACAGCAGUGAUGGCAGCACUUGCUUUUACACCAAAUACCCACUCCGCUUCCCUCAUGGCUACUCUCUGAGCAAGUACAGACACAACCUAAAACUGAGUUAUCAGACACUUUCUCAGAAGCUGGAGCAGCACAUAGUCCAAAUGAGAGGUGAGCUUCUGCUGACUGGGGUGGUGCAUGAUGAGGGGUUAGAUUUGUCAGAUGAGAGCAGGAUCAUAACUUGACCUUGUUAAACAACAUUACAGACUUUUUCAGAAGUUACAAUGCUAAAUAAACUGUAUUAGGAUCUGGCUGAAGUUACAUUUUUUUAAAUGUUGAAUUCAACACAAUUUUUUUUUUUGAGAGUAUAAAUAUCUUUAAAAAAAUAUAACUCUGAUUUGUAUGAUACUCUACAGUUGUAAAAAAAAAAAGAAGAAAACAUUAAAGUUUCUUUAUUUGUUUGUGUGUAGAGGAAAUAUUUUAAAAGCAGCGUUUUGACUUUUUAAAACAAAAAGAUAUUAUAAUUUGAAUAGUUUUAUCAACAUUUAUUGUACAUUAAUAGUAAUAUUGCAGUAAACUUAUAAGAGCUAUAAAAUAAAAUAAAUUGUUAGACAUGCAAAAAAUUACAGUGGCAUUUUAAAAGUAAAUAACCAACAAAUAUUAUAUUCUUUAAUAUGUUCAGUAAACUUUGAUCUGAAAUAGUUUAAUGAAAAUGAGGUUCUCUAUUGUCAUAUUUUGUUCAGCCCUCUAUUGUCUCAUAUUUUUCAGAGUAUUAUGUAGUUGUUGAUUUAAAUUGACAAUUAACAAUGAUAUACAAUGAAAUAAAUUUAAUAGCAAAAAAAAACAAAACAUUAGCGACAUGGGAUUGGCUGGAGGCUCCAGACGUUUGAACAUUCAGUUGUAUUAGUUUGUGAUGCAACAAUAUGAUGAAAAUAAAGAUUAAAUGAAACACACUAUUUAAACAAUAUACAAUUUGAAAAGUUUUACUUGGCAAUUAUGUGAACAAAUACAUUUUAACUGUAGACAGACUUGUAAAAGAGCAUUUCACAGUUCUCUAAUCUCUAACAAAACCCUUAUCAGUAUAAGACAAGCGGGCCAAAGUACUUGUCAGUUCCAGAAGCUCGAUUGGAAUAAAAUAGGGUUUGUUAUCUGGUCAUAUUGGUUUAAUAUUCACCUGGGACGGUUAUUGGCUAAUGGGGAUACCUUUUUUGUGACCCAUUUUAUGGUGCUAUUUAUGGGAAACAUCAAUUUUUUUAAAUGACACCAAAUUUGUUCAGAAAUACCAAUCCCAACUGGAAUGGGUACUGUAGUGAUUAAUCAAUGAUGUAUAAUCCCCUUAUUUAGAAGUAUGUGUUGAUUAUCACCUUUGUUCUAAAUGUUGUUUGAUUUGAAAAAAAAGGAACCCUUGUGGAUUUAAUGGCUCUACAGGGAGGUUAACAUAAUAAAAUGGUGAACAUGCAAAUAUUGUUUAUUUUUAUAACCAUAGUAUUCAAAAAUAUUUAUUUUAAAAAAAUGAAGUUUGUAAAAAGCAAUUUGUACUAGAAUUUUAGUCUAAAUAGUAAAUCUUAUUCUUUAAAAUUGUAUCCUAUUGCAACUCUUCAACACCAUAGGAGCAGAUGAGACCCUAAAGAUAAAAAUCUUGCAGGACAUUCUGAAACUGACCAAGGAAGCUUGGGAUACCCCCGUGUACGGUCGUGACCUGGCCUACAGCCUUUGUGACAUCAUCCGCAUGGAGGGCUUAUUGGAUCAGCUGAUUGUCAACUGCUCCACC